AUGGCGAGCUCGUGCUCGUCGGCGAUGGCGGGGUUGGCGGAGCGGGAGGUGGAGGAGGAGGAGCGGCGGCGGCUCGUGCCGGAGUGGCUGCGUCCGCUGCUCGCCGCGCGGUUCUUCACGGCGUGCCCGGAGCACCGCCGCGUGAGCAAGAGCGAGUGCAACCACUACUGCCUGACCUGCGCCGGCGCCGGCGCGGGCGCCGCCGCCGUCGGCUGCCACUGGUGCGUCGAGGAGGCGCACGGCGCGGGGCACCAGGUGGUGCAGGUGCGGCGGUCGUCGUACCACAGCGUGGUCCGCGUGUCGGAGCUGGAGCGGGCGCUGGACCUGUCCCGGGUGCAGACCUACGUCAUCAACCGCGACAGGGUCGUCUUCCUCAACGAGCGGGCGCAGGCGCCGCGGAACGGCCGGUGCGCCGCCGCCUCCGCCGCCGCGUGCUCCGCCUGCGAGGCGUGCGGCCGCGGCCUCCUCGACGCCGCCUUCCGCUUCUGCUCCCUCGGCUGCAAGCUCCGAUGCAUGGAAUCUGAUCCUACCCUGACAUUCACCAUCGACCCCAACAACAUGCCGGAGCAGCAGAUUUCAGGGCCACCUGAAGACGAGGACGAAGACGACGACGACGCCGCUGCAGGGAAGGAAGAAGACGAGCCGUUCUACCCAAGCACCAAGAACAGCAACAAAAAUGUCCAGAGCAAGCUCAGCUGCAGGCAGGGACGACAGCCACCGGCACCGGCACCACCGCGACGACGACCUGCGACUGGUGGGGGAGGAGAACGCCAGGUGGCCGACGACAAUGGCGGUCGUCACAACGGCGGCAAGGAAGCAGGAGAGGCCGCCGCCACCAUCCUCGCCUUCGCCGCCGCGACAGAACGGCCGACGGCCGCGGCGGCGCCGACCGCCGACCCGAACAGCUACCGGCGGCGCGCGAGGAAGGGCGUCCACCGCGUGCCUGAGCGGGCGCCGUUCUUCUGA